CGACUUUAUAACGAACGUACAAUGGUAAAAGAAAAUAUUCCUUGUUCCAUUGGAGAGUUGGGUCAGAAAUUAGAAUCAGUUAAAGAGCCAUUUAUGAAGCAUGUGGGUCAUGUGAAACAUCAUUUUCAUGCAACACGGUUGCUAAAGGAAAAUUUACAAGAGCAAGAAAUAUUCAUACACAUCGACUUCAGUAAAAACUAUACUGCGAAACACUCAGAAGAAGUGCAAUCCAUGCACUUAGGUGCAUCUAAAAAGUAUAUCAUACUACACACAGGCUUUAUUUAUAGAAACCAAGGAAAGCCAAUCGGUUUUUGUACAAUUUUUGAUAAUCUUCAGCACAACCCACCAGUCAUCUGAGCCCACCUUUACAAGAUCCUUGAUGUUUAUAUGAGUGGUAAUAUCGACA